CCUGGCACUGACGCCCCUUCUUCCCCCCACAGGCCUGCCCCUCGCCAUGGCCCUGCCCCGCACCCUGGGCGAGCUGCAGCUGUACCGCGUGCUGCAGCGGGCCAACCUGCUGUCCUACUACGAGACCUUCAUCCAGCAGGGCGGGGACGACGUGCAGCAGCUGUGCGAGGCGGGCGAGGAGGAGUUCCUGGAGAUCAUGGCGCUGGUCGGCAUGGCCACCAAGCCCCUGCACGUCCGGCGCCUCCAAAAGGCCUUGCGGGAGUGGGCAGCCAACCCCGGCCUCUUCAGCCAGCCCAUGGCCUCCCUGCCCGUCAGCAGCAUCCCCCUCUUCAAGAUCUCCGAGACCGGCGGGCGCAAGUCGCUCAGCAACGGGCACGCCAGCCCCGGCGAGGCCCCGGGCAAGGGGGGCAGCGGACUGGCCACGCCGCCCGCCCGCAGCCCCUCGGAGCCAGGGGAGAAGCUCUCCCCCCUGCCGGCCCCCCAGUGGCCGGGGCGGAGCACCCCGGAGUCAGAGGGGGGUGGCACGGAGGAAGAUGGGGGGCCGCCCCCCUUCUCGCCAGGGGUGGGCGGGGAGCCGGCCCCGGAGCAGCUGGACCCGGAGCUGGCGCGGACGGUGGCGGAGAGCGUCGAGCGGCUCCUGCAGAGCUGCCCGCGGGGGGGCGAACCGGAGCUGCGCGCCCUCAUGAAGCUCAACAAGAAGCUGGCCAAGGCGGUCGGGCACAUCUUCCAGCUGGACGACGGGGACCGGCGCAAGGAGGAGGAGAUCCGGCGGCACAGCGCCAUCUACGGGCGGGGCGAGGCCCGGCGCCGCGACGGCAAGCCGCUCACGCUGCACGAGCUGACCAUCAACGAGGCGGCAGCGCAGUUCUGCCUGCGCGACCACACGCUGCUGCUGCGCCGGGUGGAGCUCUUCUCCCUGUCGCGCCAGGUGGCCCGGGAAAGCACCUACCUGUCCUCGCUCAAGGGAGCCAGGUCGCAUCCGGACGAGAGCGGAGCCGUGCAGCCCAAGAAGCUGAAGCAGGAGGUGGGUGAGCAGAGCCGCCCCGAGCCCCUGCAGCUGCCGGGGGGGUCGGAGUCCUACGCCCCCCCGUACAGAGCCAGCCUGGAGGAGGACGCGGCCAGCCUGUCGGGAGAGAGCCUGGACGGGCACCUGCAGGCCGUCGGCUCCUGCCCCCGCCUCACGCCGCCCCCCAGCGCCGCCCCUGACCUGCCCCUCAGCCUCCCCCCCCACGGGCUCUGGAGCCGCCACAUCCUGCAGCAGACGCUGAUGGACGAGGGGCUGCGCCUGGCCAGGCUGGUGUCCCACGAGCGCGUCGGGCGCCUCAGCCCCUGCCUGCGGGGCAAGUCCCCAGGCCCAGAGUUCGAGGACGGGCUGGCAGAGGGGGGCCCCCCGGCCCCGGCCGAGUCCCGCCGCAGCAGCGUCAAGGUGGAGCAGGAGACCAGCCGGCAGUGAGCCGCAGAUGCCCCCCUGGUUGGGGUGGGGGCCCACGGCAGCUCCCCCCCCUCCACUAACCAAGCAAUAACCACAGGCCUGGGGCAGGUGGCCCCCCCAUGAUCUAUCCUGGUGCUGGAGCACCCCCCC